ACACGUUUGUUUAUUGAAAUAAUGCUGAAAUUAAUUUAUAAAUAUCGGGUGAAAACUUCAUCCAAAUGAAUAUGAAUUUAAGCAGAGAACGAAGAUUAAAACAAAAAAAAAAACUAAUAAAAAUGUACAAAAACUUAAACCAUAAGAAAACUUAAAAACUAUAAUAAUAUAUAAAUAAUACUAAAAUAACGUCAUGUGACGCAGAUGUGGAUGGAAUGUGCCAUCUACAGAGAUAUAAACAACAGAAAUACAUAUUAUUGUGUGUACAGAUAUUAACUACAGAGCUAAUUUACAGAAAUCGUAUUAACUUACUUAAAUUGUCUGUGCAUGUCAUCAGUAUUACCAGCCUGGAUGAGGUUCCAUUUAAUGUUGCUCUGUUGGGUCAGAAAGAGCCGGUCACAGCUCCUGAACUUAAGAUCCCAGACUGUGUUCAAACUCUGUGGGAUACAAAGUAUUCGUUCACUCUAGAGAAAAAUAUCAUGACUGAAUGGGAAGAACAGCAGUGGAAAAACAGGAAAGCCAAAAAAACGCCUCAGAGUGUGUGUCCCACUUGCCCGCCGUAUUGGCUGAUGUUCAGCAACCCACAGAAGAGCCGCAGGGUGCGCCUCAGAAGUGCAGAACUAUGGGAACUGGGCCCACGACCCCGCAGUUUAAGCCUCAGUGCUGCUGACUCGCGUAAGCUCCGCCCACUACGGGCAGUUCAGUUCCUCAUCGGCGAUAUAGACUACGAGAGCUCAUCUGAGGACGAUGCUGUUUGUGGCAAAGAAAGACCAAAGAUUUCUGUUCCACAGUCCCUGCGGAUUUCAAAACAUCACACCCAGAGAGGCUCCACCCCUCGCCCCAUCCCUUCCAGCACUCUCCACAAGGCCCAACCAAGCUCCGCCUCCUCUGUAAAAGACAUAUGUAAGCCUGUCCCCCCUGCCCUCAGACAGACACCCCAGAGCAGCCCUCGCGGCUCCAAAGCCCCCCGCAGGAAGCCCAAAGUGACAAGAACCAGCGGGCGACGGAACUCACAUACCCUUCUACAGCAGAGACCCUCGUGCGCAGGACCUCUGCCCUCCGCCAGGACUCAGAAACACUCUUCAAAUGGUGUACGUCCGCGGACGUCCGCAGGUCUGCAGGAUGCUUCAGCAGAUCUUCUGUACGCUUUGAGUCAGGAAGAAAGGGAUCUUCUUGAAGCUGUUACACAACAUGGAUACACACUGCACACUGCCAUACUAGCACUGCAGAGGACAGGACCCAAGAGUCCAGAUCAGAUUUUGAGUUACCUGAUGUCAUGUGACCGUCUGUGUCAGCUGGGUUAUGAGAAGACUCAGGUGGAAGAAGCUUUGGAGAUGUUUCAGAACUGUGAGACCAAGGCUUCAGAGUUUCUGUUUCUGCUGGCUCAGUUCUGUGAGAUGGGUUUCCAGCAGAGCACUAUUAAAGAAGUUUUACUGGUGCAUGAGAACCAUAAAGAGAAAGCCCCGGAGGAGCUUAUGACCCGCAGUGGCUAAGAACACACAAACACAUCCUCAGCUGUGAACAAAUGGAUCCCAACCUCCAUGAGUGAAAUGAUCCUCAACUCCAUGAAUAAAUGUAUAAAUGAAUCCUCAGCUAAAUGAGCAUAUGAAUCAGUCUUCAUCUCUAUUAAUGUAUUAAUUAAUCUCUAUCUUCAGCUCCAUAAAUGAAUGUAUAAAUCUUUCAGAAUGAAAGAAUCGUUUGAAGCUUUAAUACUUCAGUCUCUCAUGGUUGUUGAUUAAUUUCAUUGCAUUCAUUAUUAUAUUGAUGCCACAUGAUUAACUGUAGAUCUGAUUUCUUAAUGACAAAUGUUAAUAGUUGAUGACAGAAUCGUAGAUCAAAAUUCAUCAUGAUGCUGAUUAAUCAUCUAGUAAACAAAAAUAAAUA